CUGAUGAAAAGCCUCUCAGGAAGAGGGAGGGUUUUACUCUGUGGUUCUGACAGAACCUGAUGAAAACAGUCAGAUCUGAAAGAGCCGCCAUGAAGGAAACAUCUGUCCUGAUUCUGCUCAUUCUGACCUCAGUGCUCUGCUGCACAGAAACAGUUGCUGCUCUGACUGUGAAUCCCAGCAGAUCUCAGUUCUUCACGAGAGAAUCAGUGACUCUGAUCUGUGAGGAUGAAAACAGAUCUGAUGGAUGGACUGUGAGGAGAAACUCAACCAGAGGAACCAGGACUGAGUGUGGAGAUGGAUGGGGAGAAGCUGAUGGUUCUACCUGUGAAAUCAGCUACUUGUUCACAUUAGACUCUGGUGUGUACUGGUGUGAGUCCAGGUCUGGAUCCUCCAGCAGCAGCAGCAGCAGCAGCAGCAGCAGCAGCAGCAGCAGCAGCAGCAGCAGCAUCCAGCUCUCUGUCUCUGGUGGAUCAGUGAUCCUGCAGAGUCCUGUCCUCCCUGUGAUGGAGGGAGAUGACGUCACUCUGAGCUGCAGAGCAAGGAAUCCAACCCACAACCUCCCAGCUGCUUUCUAUAAAGAUGGCUCCUUCAUUGGUGAUGGAUCAUCAGGUCACAUGACCCUCCUCCAUGUUUCCAGCUCUGAUGAAGGCCUCUAUAAAUGUAACAUCAGAGGUCAUGGAGAGUCUCCAUCCAGCAGGAUCUCUGUCAAAGACAGAAUCUCCUCCACUCCUCUAUCCAUCUCCUCCAUCCCUCCAUCCUCUUCUCCUCCUCCUGGUUCAUCUUUUCCCACCAUCACAGUCGUUGUUUCCAUUUUUAUUUUUAUCUUCCUGGUUUUUCUCUCAUUGAUUCUUCUGGUUCUUCUGGUGAGACGAUGUUCCUGCAGGAAACCUGAAGCUGAAGAAGGAAAAGAUGGAGAAAAGGAAAUUAAAGAACUGAAAACCUUCAUUAACCAGCUGCAGCCAAUCAGAAGCAGCAGAGGAACCUCUACAUGUGUCCUCUACUCAGCGCUGAGGACAGACGUCCAUCAGGGACAGAUCGUCUGCAGAGCCAGAGUGGCUCCGUCUUCAAUCUGAGGUUUCUGGUCCAAAUCUUC